AUGGAAGAUACAACUCAGGUCAUGGUCAAUGUGGUGGUUAGAAGGAGCAGGUUGCCAAAUUCUAACAACACUUUAAAAAGAGAUGUUAAAGUCACCACCUCGGAAGUCCUCAAGUUCCUGAUAGUGGAAAAUUGGGUCACAACGAUUCGAGGAAAUCGGGUGUCCGCAGUCAAGUGCAACAAAUCCAGUCUCACACUCUGGGAUGCGAUCAAAGAGUCUACUGGAGUCUUCCUUGUUGACUUGGAUACCUGUAUUCAAAAGAACCCGAGGCCAGAGCCUAAUGGAGAGCUCAAAAAAUUCAAAUUGGGGACAAGCCAGAAAGAUUACACUGAUUUAAACAAAGUCUAUCCAAAAGACUAUUUCUCUUUACCCAACAUAGAUAAUAUAAUUGACUCCUCCUCGGGAUAUCGGGUUCUAAGCUUCUUGAAUGCUUAUAGUGGUUACAACCAAAUCCCGAUGCACAAAGCUGACGAGGAAAAAACAGCUUUCAUUACCCCGGAGGGAAUUUAUUGUUAUACCUCGAUCAAAAAGGUUUUGGAAAAGCCCGACCUCGCGGGUCGGAUGAUGAACUGGUCUGUUGAGUUGUCUCAAUUUGAUGUGCAUUACAAACCACACUCAACCAUUAAGGCUUAA